AUGUCCGAGGAAAAUUUGGGGGAAGAGUCGAGCAGCUCCCCGGUUUCCCCCGUGGACAGCCUGAGCCACAGUGAGGGCGAGGCGGACACUCAGCCCAAAAGAAGCGCGCGGAAGCGGAGGCCGAGCAGGAAACACGCCGUCGCCGACGACUCGGACAGUCCGACCCCGUCGGGGGGCAAAAGGGGCAAGAAGUCGAGCAGCAGCGGCAGCCCGCAGUCGCUGGAGGAGCUCCAGAGCCAGCGAGUCAUGGCCAACGUGAGGGAGCGUCAGAGGACUCAGUCGCUCAAUGAGGCGUUCGCGGCCCUGCGCAAGAUCAUCCCCACUCUGCCCUCGGACAAGCUGAGCAAAAUACAGACGCUCAAACUGGCCGCCAGGUACAUCGACUUCCUGUGCCAGGUGCUGCAGAGCGACGAGCUGGAUGCCAAGAUGUCCAGCUGUAGCUAUGUGGCCCACGAAAGGCUCAGCUACGCCUUCUCCGUCUGGAGGAUGGAGGGCGCAUGGUCCAUGUCCACAUCUCACUAA